UUGCAUUCGUCUCCUUUGCGCAUGAGACCCAAGAGCCGAAACUCUCGUUGGAUCGCAAGCGUCGGCCCAUUAGUCUCGGUUUCGUUCGAUUCGUGGAAUAAAGAUUGCAGUAUCCCAGCGUACAUGCACCACUUUGCUUUGCUCAUCUCUCUCGUACGCACGCGUCGACAACUCUGUUCAAACAGACUCCCGACUACAGUCGCCAGAAUCCCUUUAUCCAACCUGCAGGCCUUCCUCUGUUUGAUCCUACAGCCUCCAGAGGCUCUCCAACAAGCUUGCAAUCGUCAUAAUCCGUCCUCCACCGUUCUUCUCCUGCUGUCCUCGCGGCAGUACUCGUCAGCCAGCACUCCCCGGCUCCUCUUUCCUACAGUCGCCAGUCUUCUUGGAGACCAUUCCUCUGCGACCCAAUUGCCCCUUUUGCAGCAAACAGCAACUAGCCAGGAAAACAGCAGGUGGCACUAUGGGGUCUCCCUGGCCUGAGAGGCUAGAUCAUGUUGGGCAUUUAUGCUUGUUGGGGGUGGAAAUAGAGAGCAGGUGGAGGCAUGGGGGCUGCAAACAAUUUGUGGGCACCAGUCCACGUCUCAAACAAUCCUAGGGGUAAACUGCCCAUCUACUUGAAUCAAAAGGACUCUUAUUAAGUCUCUGUUAUCUAAUUUCCUGAUUCAAUGUGCUUCUUGUUUGCUUUAAAAUUUAAUCAAUACUAUAUAUCCUGUUAAAACAUGGAGGUGGCUGGAAUUUCAUCCAGCGCAGAUUGUUUGAUUGCAUUCUUUGAAGAAAGACUAAAGAGCAGCAAGAGAAAGUGAGGAAAUCUGUCAACAGAACUCACCUUUGAAUUCACCGCAACUUGUUGACUGAGCUGGGAGAAUAAAGCAAUUUCCUUAGUAGAAGGAAUGAAGAACAAUUUAAUUGUCUAAGAACAUAGAAAUCAGGUGGUUUCAAUUCCAAAAUUUAUGUUGCACUUUUAUAUUCCAAUGGUAAUAUUUGGCAAAAAAAAAUAAAAUAAAAUAA